UGUUGUUACGGUGUAGUACUCAUCAUUGGGAAUGUCGGACUCGGAGGGCAGUAAUUAUUCGGGGAGUGGGUCAGAGGCGGGUAGCGUAAUCUCGCGGCGGAGUGUGGUUUCGAACCGUUCCGGGCCCUCUCGGUCUGUCUCUCGUUCGCGGUCGCGGUCUGUGAGCCGGAGCCCCUCGCGGAGUCCCUCAAGGUCCCGUUCGAGAUCCAAAUCGAAAUCCCGCUCUCGUUCUCGAUCCAGGAGCCGUUCGGCAGCUUCCGACGCUAGCCGCCGCGAUGAUGAGGCACAGGAAGCGUCUGGGGAUGAGGAAGUCGAAGAUGAACAAGAGCCAGAAGGUGAAGAUCUUGUGGACUCCGAAGAGUAUGAUGAAGACGAAGAUGAGGCAAGACACCGGAAGAAGCGCAAGAAGGAGAGUCGAUAUGGAGGAUUCAUUAUUGACGAGGCUGAGGUUGAUGACGAAGUAGACGAAGAUGACGAAUGGGAAGAAGGAGCCCAAGAGAUGGGCAUCGUCGGCAAUGAGGUUGACGAAAUCGGGCCUACAGCUCGUGAAAUUGAAGGCCGUCGUCGGGGCACUAACCUUUGGGACUCACAGAAAGAGGAAGAAAUUGCGGAGUACCUCAGACACAAGUAUGCUGAUGAAUCUGUAGCUCUAAGACACUUUGGUGAAGGUGGAGAAGAGAUGUCAGAUGAAAUUACACAACAGACUCUUUUACCAGGCAUCAAAGAUCCCAAUUUGUGGAUGGUCAAAUGCAGAAUAGGUGAAGAAAAAGCAACUGUUCUCCUCCUCAUGAGGAAGUUCAUUGCUUACCAAUUCUCUGAAGAACCAUUCCAGAUCAAAUCUGUAGUAGCACCUGAAGGCGUUAAAGGAUACAUUUAUAUUGAAGCAUAUAAACAAACACAUGUCAAAGCCAUUAUAAACAAUAUUGGUACUCUUAGAAUGGGCAACUGGAAACAAGACAUGGUGCCGAUAAAAGAAAUGACUGAUGUACUAAGAGUUGUCAAAGAACAGUCUGGACUAAAGCCAAAACAAUGGGUCAGAUUAAAGAGAGGUCUCUACAAAGACGACAUAGCUCAAGUUGACUAUGUUGAUUUAGCACAGAAUCAGGUACAUUUGAAAUUACUUCCUAGAAUAGAUUAUACUAGGCUCAGAGGGGCUUUGAGAACAGUUCAGAGUGAAAACGAUGCUGCAAAGCGUAAGAAGAAGCGCCGUCCGCCAGCGAAACCUUUCGACCCAGAAGCUAUUCGAGCGAUUGGAGGCGAAGUCACAUCUGACGGUGACUUUUUGAUAUUUGAAGGUAACAGAUAUUCAAGAAAAGGUUUUCUAUAUAAGAAUUUCACUAUGUCAGCUAUCUUAGCUGAGGGCGUUAAACCAACUCUAACUGAAUUAGAAAGGUUUGAAGAACAACCUGAAGGAAUCGACAUCGAAUUAGCAGCACCAGCAAAGGAUGACCCAACAAGCUUACACUCAUUCUCCAUGGGAGAUAAUGUGGAAGUGUGCUCAGGUGAUUUGGCUAACUUGCAGGCAAGAAUUAUUGCAAUCGACGGGUCAAUGAUCACAGUGAUGCCGAAGCACGACGCUCUGAAAGAUCCUUUAGUAUUCAAACCUAAUGAAUUGAGAAAAUACUUUAAGCAAGGAGACCACGUCAAAGUAUUAGCUGGUCGUUACGAAGGAGACACAGGAUUGAUUGUCAGAGUAGAACCGCAUAGAGUUGUUUUAGUAUCAGAUUUGACAAUGCAUGAACUGGAGGUGUUACCAAGAGAUCUUCAGCUGUGCUCAGAUAUGGCAACUGGCGUGGACUCCCUGGGUCAGUUCCAAUGGGGAGACAUGGUUCAGCUGGACCCACAAACUGUUGGGGUCAUAGUAAGAUUGGAAAAAGAGAACUUCCACGUUCUCGGCAUGCAAGGUAAAGUUAUAGAGUGCAAACCUCAAGCAUUGCAAAAGAGACGUGACCAUCGCUUCACGAUGGCUCUUGACUCAGAACAGAACACAAUACAGAAAAAAGACAUCGUAAAAGUGAUAGACGGACCGCACGCUGGGCGUAACGGCGAAAUUAAGCACCUGUACAGAAAUUUUGCCUUCCUGCAAUCCAGAAUGUACCUUGACAACGGAGGUAUUUUUGUCUGCAAGACGCGGCAUUUGCAACUCGCUGGUGGCAAUAAAAAUCCCUCGACUAACAACAAUUUAUCUCUCGGAUUCAUGUCGCCAAGAAUACAGUCUCCUAUGCACCCGUCCGGCCGCGGUGGUGCCACUCCUCGAGGCGAGCGUGGCGGUCGAGGCGGUGGUCGCGGUGGUGCAACACGCGAUCGAGAACUCAUUAGUAAGACAAUCAAGAUCACGGGUGGGCCAUACAAAGGGAACGUUGGUAUUGUCAAAGACGCCACAGGAAGCACUGCUCGCGUGGAACUCCACUCGACGUGUCAAACUAUAUCCGUGGAUCGUAGCCACAUCGCGGCAGUCGGAGCCCCAACCAAGGACGGCUCCACGUCGUUCUACAGCCGCACUCCCGGCAGGACUCCGACUCUUGGUGCGCAGACGCCGACGUACAGAGAUACCGGUAUCAAGACGCCGAUGCAUGGCUCUCAAACGCCCAUCUACGAUAUCGGCAACCGUACGCCACAUUACGGCUCGGCUACGCCUUCCCAUGACGGCAGUCGCACUCCAGCCCAUGGCGCUUGGGAUCCUACGGCUGCAAAUACCCCAGCGCGUACCAACGACUUCGAGUAUAAUCUUGAUGAUGGAUCGCCAAGCCCAGGAUACAACCCUACCACACCAUAUGGGCAGAGUGGACCAUUUACUCCACAAACUCCCGGAACUAUGUAUGGAUCGGAUCAUACUUACAGCCCGUACCAGCCGAGUCCGAGUCCUUCUGGUUACCCUUCAGGUUAUUUGGGUACUCCAAGCCCGGUGGGAUAUUCUCCUCGUUCGCCGUACAAUCCUUCUACGCCGGGCAGUGCUGCGGAGUCUAUGCCGGCUGCUGACUGGCACACUACAGAAGUGGAGGUUAGAAUACGCGCCUCACACGAGGACGAUUCCCUUACGGGUCAGACUGGAAUCAUUAGGUCUAUUUCAGGCGGUAUGUGUGCUGUGUACUUGCCGAUAGAGGACCGUGUGGUCAAUGUGUUGGGAGAGGUGUUGGAACCUGUGGUGCCGCAGAGCGGAGACAAAGUGAAGGUGAUCGCAGGAGAAGACCGUGAGGCGGUCGGCCAACUGAUCUCUAUCGAAAACCAGGAGGGACUCGUCAAGUUUGGCACUGACGAUAUCAAGAUUAUGCAGCUCAGGCAUCUUUGCAAGAUGAGCAAUGCUUAAUUAUAGGUGACAAAUAAAAUGGGUAUAUUAGGACAGUGAAGUUGUUUUUCAUUUAUUUUCUUUGUUGCAAUUGAUUUUCAACAUUUCUUUCAUACAUAAACCAGAACGUUAAAAAUAUUACUGUAACGUAAUUAAGUGACCGUCAUGCAAUAAAUAUUUCAUAUAAAUUAUUUUGAAAAAAUAUACAGUCUACU